AUGAUUUCCUUGAAGAUUCAAAGCACUCAUAUUCUCAUGGAAAACUUGUUCUUAUUGGCCAUAACUCUGCUUUCAACUGCCUUUGCUGAGAGAGUCCAAGAUACCUUGCAAGAGCUGUUUCAAAGCAUGAACAAGUUGAAUAUCUGACAGUCUCAUUGUGUUCCAAAUUUUUACAAAGAACACACACAAAAGGUGCUCAAACAAACAAUGGCUCCUUUGUGAAAAUUAAUCUAGCAUUGCUUCACAGAGGUCUUUUUUUCAAUGCCAUGAUGCACUUGAGGAUGUAA